UGGGCGGUCUAUACUGUGUGGAUUACUAACUGAUUCUGCUCAGUGCUGAGUUCUAGAUCUGGGGGAGCUGCAGCAGUACGACCGUUGAAUGAAACUCCCACAAGUUGGUCCCGUUUUACGUCUACUAAUCCCCAACAUCCGACUCAAAAUGAGCCGUUCUCUCAGUACCGGAACCUUCCAAAACUCCCUGCCUCUCAAUUACCGUGGGGGCCAACGUGUGCAGCCUAUUGACUCAGUUGGAAAAGAGCAAGCGUAUGAGCCAUCAACAGGUCGUGUUAUUGCAACAUUCAAUUGUUCUGGAGAGAAGGAAGUAAAUGAAGCUAUUCAGAGUGCAAAGUCAGCUUUCAAGCAAUGGAGCCAAAAAUCCGGAAUGGAACGGGGCAGAGUAAUGCUGGAGGCAGCCCGGAUCAUCAGGGAGCGCACUGAAGAGCUUGCUACCAUAGAAACCAUAAAUAAUGGAAAAUCAAUCUUUGAAGCCAGAGUGGAUAUAGAAAUUUCAUGGCUGACUCUGGAGUAUUACGCAGGUCUUGCAGGUUCUAUGGCAGGGCAACAUGUGCAGCUCCCAGGGGGAUCGUUUGCAUACACAAGGCGGGAACCUCUAGGGGUCUGCGUAGGCAUCGGAGCCUGGAAUUACCCCUUCCAGAUCGCAUGUUGGAAAGCAGGCCCUGCCCUGGCAUGCGGUAAUGCCAUGGUGUACAAACCAUCCCCUUUUACUCCCAUCAGCGUGGUUAUGCUGGCUGAGAUCCUUGCAGAAGCUGGUGCUCCAACUGGUCUCUUUAAUGUAGUUCAAGGUGGAGCAUCCACAGGGGAGUUCCUCUGCAAACACCCAGAUGUGGCCAAGGUGUCUUUCACUGGCAGUGUCCCAACAGGCUCUAAGAUCAUGGAAAUGGCUUCUCAAGGUAUCAAACCUGUUACCCUGGAGCUUGGUGGAAAGUCUCCGCUCAUUAUCUUCCCAGACAGUGACCUGGAAAAUGCUGUGAAUGGAGCUAUGAUGGCAAACUUCCUCACACAGGGGCAGGUGUGCUGCAAUGGAACUCGUGUCUUUGUUCACCGAGACAUCCUGGAGAAAUUCACUGAAUCUGUGGUGAAGAAGGUGAAAACAAUUAAAAUUGGAGACCCUCUCUUGGAAAACACAAGGAUGGGGCCUCUAAUUAACCGUCCCCAUAUGGAAAAAGUUCUUGGAUUUCUUACAACUGCUCGGGAGCAGGGUGCCAAGAUACUGAUUGGUGGAGAACCUUACACCCCUAAGGAUCCUAAACUGAAGGGAGGUUAUUACAUAUCCCCCUGUGUAUUAGGCAACUGCAGGGAUGACAUGACGUGUGUUAAAGAGGAGAUUUUUGGGCCAGUUAUGUCUAUCCUUUCAUUUGAAACAGAGGAAGAGGCUUUGGAAAGGGCCAACAAUACCACCUAUGGAUUGGCUGGAGGAGUAUUCACCAGUGACAUCCAACGUGCACACAGAGUGGUUGCUGCUCUGCAGGCUGGAAUGUGCUUUAUAAACAACUACAAUGUGAGCCCAGUGGAAUUGCCAUUUGGAGGAUAUAAGAGGUCUGGUUUUGGCCGGGAGAAUGGGCAAGUUGCCAUUGAAUACUACUCCCAGCUCAAGACAGUCUGUGUGGAGAUGGGGAAAGUGGAGUCGGCUUUCUAGAUGUGGGCAUGCUCAUAUUCUCUGAACACGAUCUUAAUACUGCUAUGAGAUAGUAUGACAAAUGCACCAUCCCAGUAACGUUUCAUAGGUCUAAAAAAGUAGUAAUCAAGUUAUAUUCAAUAAACCCAAAUUGUAGAGAAUGGACUAGUGUGUUAUAAAUUUUAUAUCAAAACAGAACUGGAUAAUGUUUCCAUUUUGGCCUAAAAUGCCCGGCUCUUGUAGUCAGUUCCCUACAGUUUUUACUUUGUGAACCCCAUUGAUUUUACCCGCUCAUGAUUUAUAGGAUGAGGAGCAGCUCCUUGCUUUCAGAGUGACAUCUGGACCAUAGACUGGGUUAAAGUGUCUGACAAGAUAGGCUGUUUAACACUUAGAAUACUCUAUUAUUUUGAUAAAAUUUACAUUUUAUUUUUGGAAGUGCAAUUCAAAUAAACAGUAUACACUUUUCAAAUGG